AUGUUCUGUGGUAGAGAUUUACCAAUAACCUCCAACAUUGCUUACUACAAUUGCCAAAUCCUGACAGAAAUUUCAAAAAUGAAUGUGUUAAAAAGAUGCAUUUGUUCAAAUUUGGCAAAACAAACAUUUUCACGCUGCUACAGCGGAAGUCUGUACGAGCCCAGUUAUUUAGAGGAAAUGAGGCCUAAAGUGCCCUUGUACGACACACUGAACAUCCAGCUCAGGGGCUACGACUACCCUGUAUUAGAAAGUUACCAAAAGUACAUACAUAACAUAAUAAAAAACAUGGACGUCAAUGUGGAGGACGCCUGGGCUAUUCCCGCUCAAGACUUUCAAAUUUCCACUUAUAAACCUCUCAGUGAAGUAGUCGAUGCCCAAUACAAACUGGUUUAUUACAAUAGAACGGUUCAAAUCACUGAUAUUUCGACUGUACAGGUACCAAUCCUGUUGCGCGUAAUUGAGGCUACGUUGCCUGUAGGUGUAACAGCAAAUGUGGUGCCCCAUGAAGAGUAUCAUGAGGAAGACCGAUAUAUACCCGACAGUGAAUUAAACAAAUUGAAAUAUGAGCUUGAGGAGAUGGGAGGCCCUUUGAAGAAAAAGUAAGCUAGUUGAUUAGAUUUGGUUUAAUUUUUUGUUGAAUUUCAAAUAAAUCCUUGAAUUAGUUAAAUUGGUUUUCGGUAACCCAGCUAUAUUGAAUAUAUUAUAUAUGUAUAUUGAAGUAUACAGGAAACACCUUUUUAAAGCUUUCAAAAUUUGUCUCAAUCACUUAAUGAUUAUUAAAGAAACAAGUUUGCUCGAUUUUUUUGCAACAUGAAGAAGCCCACUUAUAUUUAACAAGUCACUAAAAAGUACAUUCAUAUAUAUGUUUUAUAGUUUUUAGUGCAAUUUUUCAUAUUCUUACAUAGUAACAAAUAAACCCUGGAUAUAUUUCUGAUUUUCCAAAACAACAGUUUCUGAAUUUUAAGAUCUAUAUCUACAAAUCUGUACUAAUAAAUAAAUAAUACUGUUGAUAUAA